AUGUCAGAUAAGAGCGCAGCAGUGACCCCAGCUGCGACUGCGGACAGCCCAAAGCCUGCGCAACGGGUCCGCCUCGUCGACAAGCUGCUUGCCAAGCUCGGCCUCCGGGACCUGUCGCCCAACGAUGACAGGAGCUUGACUCCGGAGCAACGCGCGCUGGGGAAGAAGCUGGCACGGAAUAAGAGGGUCGUGAGCAAGAUCUGGGAGAAGCUGUGGCUGUUACGAACCAUCCUCACCGUCAUCGGCGUGGUAUGGAUCCUCCUCCUCCCACAUCCAUUCCUGUGGAAGGGUGUUUUCCACGAUGAACACGCUCUUCAGCCUGCACAGGUAUCAAUGUACUUCAACUGGGACAACGUGCAGAAGGCAGACACCUACCUCGCGGACCUCGAGCGGCUACGGGACGACAAUGCCGACUGGGAGACGAUCAAGACACACCUCGUAUCCGAGUUUUCUCUCGCAGGCCAUGAGAGCGGCAACACUACGUCGGCUGCGUUUGCGCGCGUAGCACCUCCACGAUCUGAGGGUACUGAAGCGAUUCUGAUCUCUGCCAACUGGCUCUCAAGGGACGCCAGUGCGGUCAAUGUUCGCGGUGUCGCCAUGUUGCUCUCUCUUGCCGAGUUCUUCAGGAGGCAAACCCACUGGGCAUUCGACAUCUUCCUUGUCGUCGGAGACGAUUACCUUGCGGGUCUCGAGGACUUUAUGACAUCUUACAACCCACGAGCGAAUAUCUGGACGGCUCUGAACCUCGACUAUCCUUACCACUCGUUCUCGCACUUGGGCAUCUACUAUGAGGGAGUGAACGGCCGUCUUCCCAACCAAGAUGUCAUCAACACUGCCGCUCAUGUCGCUCGGUGGUCUGGUGGUGCCGACCCGGCACUGCACUCGCUCCCAGCCCGCCCCUACGUCAACUACCUGACGGGUCUCAAGCACCUUGUCGCGCAUGUCAAGUUUGCCGCCCUCGGCCGUCCCUCAGCUGCACACGGUGUGCUCGCCAAGCACCGUAUCGAUGCCAUCACACUGUAUGGUGUCCCCGCCGAGGGACCUCAUGGGUUCUACACUCUGGGUCGGACGAUCGAGUCUACUUUGCGCUCGUUCAACAACCUCCUUGAACGCCUGCACGCCUCGUUCUUUUUCUACCUCCUCCCCCACCCAGACUAUUUCCUGCCGGUCGGACACUAUCUACCUGCAGCUGUGAUUCUGGGAGCGUCAGUCACCAUUGCGGGCUUUGACUGUCCUGACCCUCUUGCAGGUGUGUUGUGGGCCAUCCCUGCCGUCCUCGCCGGUCUGGUAGGUUGGGCGAUCCAGAACCCUGCCAUCCCCGUCGCGCUUGUCGGGGGCUCCUUCGUCAUGCCCAAACCAAAGGGAACGGCGAGGCAGAGCCUUCUGGCUCUCGCACACUUGUUCUACGGUGCCUUGAUCCCAACCCUCGCCAUGGUCAACUUCCCCCAAGCAAUCCUCCUCGCUUGUUUGGUCAUCCUCGCCCUUUCUCCCAUCUUCUCCAUCCCAAUUCCUGAUCAAAAGACUGAGGUUCCACUUGGUAAAUUCGCGCUUGCAGCGUUGUUGCUUUGGCCCGCGGUCCGCGAGCUGAAGCUCGAGUGGGAAAUGUUUGGAAACCUCGCGUGGCCCGCCGUCUUCGCCGUCUUGGUCCCACUCUUCACUGUGUCGUGGAUGACCCCGCGCGAGUGGGAGUGA